UAUGGCUCUCUGGCAAUUCUCUUGUUUGAAGUACGAAUGACUUCAGGUUCCAGUCUUCAGUGAUGUGAGAAGUUGUUAUAGUAACAUGAGACUGGGUUGCUCUACUUGUCCAUCCAUCAGUCGUGAGUGCUACUGGGACAUCCUUGAGACUGGAAAUAACGUCAGCGCGACAUUCCUGGUACAUGUUAGGUAUGACAGUUUCAGCGAAAUAAGUGCGUGAUGGUAAGUGGUACCUCGGAUCAAGUUGUUCAACCAUAUCUUUGAAACCUUCGUUUGACACAAUGCUGAACGGUCGGAGAUCUUUAACUAUAAAUCUUCCGAUAGCUUUAGUGACAGUUUUAUGUCUUUCGCCGGUAGUUUUAUAUUUCGUUGUCUGUAAGAAAAUGCUCGGUAUGGUUUGUGGGAGCAUUGCAGCCAUUGAUACGUUCUUCUGUGUAGAUGAAGUAGUCGAAGCUGUACCACUUUUUGUAUUAAUUUUGUGAUGACGAUUCAAGUGUGUGCUAAGAUUAGUAGUUCCACCACUAAAUCGAACGUCCAUUUUACAUCUUUUACAAACUGCCAACCCCUCCUGAAUUUCGCCCGUGUCUUUUCGUUUCUUCAGUUGAAAAUUUUCCCAAACGCCACUUUUUGCCUUUUUGUUUGAAAUUAAUUCAAAUUCCAUUAUUUGUUAUCUGUCCUGACCGGCACAACCUGUCACGAACACAUCUCAGUAACAAAUGCAACUGAUGUAAGAACCGAUCGGCAAAGACUUAAUGUCGGCAAAAAAUUAAAGAUGGCUGAAUUUCAGAUCAUAAACAUCAAACGCAUUAUCAAAAACAAUUAAACAUCAAACACGUCGGUGUUUCUUUGAUGGUCAGUUACUAAAUACUCGUUGCACGUGUUUUUCUUGGAUCAAAGUUAAUAGACCUAAAUGAUUAUAUAAACAACGACAUUUAUUAGCAUAAUGUUCUUCUUGGUCAUUUUUUAAUUUUUAUUUUUAGCACACAGAUGUUACGGUGUCAAACUAGUUGUAAAUUGUCGCAUUGGGAAAUCCUUACUAUCGGGCUUUCCCGUUGCUGCUCGCUUGAUACGGAAAUGUACGUAUUCAGUCGUAAUCUUCCGGCAGAUCGACCGAACCAAAGGUUAUUGGCCGAAACGAUCAGCAGAAGUAUUCCGAGUUCAGGCGAAAACAGCGACUUUUUUGCUGUCAUUUAAAAAAAAAAAUUGCAACAUGUUGACCAAAGUUCUCACCGGUCAGCUAACAUUUACAUCACUCAAACCACUGGACCUGUCCAGAUGUACCAAGCAACAGCUUCAAGACUACUUUAUAAACACCUAUGAUUUGUAUGAGAGUCUGUUCACGUCACUGAAAGAUGAAACGGCCUUCUACAAGUGUCCUAAUCGACUGCGCCUCUCUUUGAUUUUUUACUUCGCUCACACCGCCGCUGUCUAUGUCAACAAGUUGAUGCUGGCUGGAAUGUUGAAGGAGAGAAUAAAUCUGCAGUUUGAGACCAUGUUUGAGACAGGAGUGGACGAAAUGUCUUGGGAUGACACAGAGAACUACCGUAUGGGUGGGUCGUACAAGUGGCCAUCUGUCGAUGAUGUUGUUGCUUAUCGCUACAGUGUUCGCAACAUGAUUCUCAAGGUCAUUAAGGACACACCAUUGGAUCUGCCUGUUACCAUGGAGAGUUCAUGGUGGGCUCUUCUGAUGGGAAUGGAGCAUGAGAGGAUCCAUCUUGAAACAUCCUCUGUUCUCAUUCGUCAGCUUCCAGUUGACAUGGUAACCAAGCCAGAUGGAUGGGUUUAUGGCCCAGUCAAGUGUGGUGAACCUGUGAAAGACAACCCUUUAGUGAGGGUCAAAGGUCAGGAGGUGACAAUUGGCAAACCAGACAGUUUUCCUUCAUACGGGUGGGACAAUGAGUAUGGAGAACUGAAAUGUGUUGUUCCACCCUUUGAGGCCUCCAAAUACCUAGUGACGAAUCAUCAGUUUCUCAAGUUUGUUAAAGAUGGUGGCUACUUGAAGAAGGAAUUCUGGUCCAAGGAAGGUUGGCAAUGGCUCCAGUUAAGACAAGCAAAGCAUCCAACUUUCUGGAUAUGCUUUGAAGGUUGCAAGUCAGGCUGUGGAUACGAUCUUUCCACAUAUUCUCAUUGCCAGCUUCCUUCCCAUGACAUAGUGGGAAAACAAGAAGAAUCUGGAUUCCAAAACGGCAGUUCCAGCCAGAUGCAGUACAUGUACCGAGCAAUGUUUGAUGUUAUUGCCCUGCCCAUGAACUGGCCGGUAGAAUGCAAUUACCAUGAAGCCAAGGCGUUCUGCUGCUGGCUGGGAGCAGACUACCGACUGCCGGGAGAGGCAGAGCACCAUGUGAUGAGAGGUCUUCAGGAUUCAGAAAGACUAGAAACCAGCAGUGACAUCAUCUAUAACGACAAGAUUGAAGCCAGCUUGAACUUCCAAUAUGGCUCCUCAACUCCUGUUAACAUGUACCCAGCAACAGAGGCUGGUUUUUGCGACGUGUUCGGCAACGUCUGGGAGUGGGUAGAAGAUCACUUCAAUGGGCUGCCUGGUUUCAGAUCUAACAGGUUUUACGAUGAUUACUCAACCCCCAGUUUUGAUGGACAACACAAUAUUAUUCUGGGUGGAUCUUGGAUUUCAAAUGGUGACGUAGCUUCUCGUUUUGUUCGAUUUGCAUUCAGACGUCAUUUUCUCCAACACUGUGGCUUCCGUGUGGCUCGAAGUCUGGCAGACAAUGAACCCACCAAACUACCCAUCAGGCUAAUCAUUUCAGAAGUUUUUGUUGUUGGCUUUGGAGUCCAGGAUGUGCCAGAGUUCAUAGAUGAGAACAAGUGUGACCUGAUUCGAGUUCCGUCAACCAACACACAGUUUGCCUACGACAUACGCACAGCGUUGGAGGGGAUCCUUGAUCUGGAGUUUGGAUAUCGGGAUGGGUUUGCUAAUGUAGUUGUUAAUUUGUGCAACUCGUACACCCGGUUCUUCAAGACUGGCACCUCGUCUGUGGUACACCUUGGAUCAGGAACCGGACGGGCAGCCUUUGAGCUGAGCAAAGUUUUCAGUAAAGUUUUGGGUGUGGAGUAUAGUGGACGAUUUGUUGACACUGCACUCAAGAUUCAGAAAAAACGCAGUCUUUCAUUUGUUUGUGAUAAUGGAGAAUCAAGGGAGAUUACUCUGGAUGACAGCUGCAACCCUGAGAGCAUUGUAUUUAAACAGCUGACUUGGAUUCCGAAUGAAGUCGCUUCCCAUGACCUGACACUAAUUACCAACAUGAAUCGACUUCUCAAUCCUACAGCUUGGCUUUUGCGCUUGUGGGAAAUCACACAACCUGAUGGGAUUGCAGUUGUUGCCAGUGACGACUGCACUUGGCAUUGUCAGAAACUACAACCUAUUUUGAGCAACAGACUCAAGUGCAUGAGCACUCAGGAAGUUCCAUUCCAGGGACCAGCUGGGGAGAAGGUUGCCAUGGUUACAGUCUGGAAACGGAUCUGAGACCAACACACCCAUUUACAGUGGAAUCAUAAAUAUUUUACACAUUUUACCACAGCCUUGAUAUUUUUUUCAAGUCCCUAUUUUAAAUAAUGUUCUCUUUCUAGCCUGUGCACCAUGACUGGUAUAUCAACGGCCAUGGUAUGUGCUA